AUGCUGACAUCAGGCCACUCGCCCGCGGCUGCCAGCCCGCUGCCGCCUGGGCUCUGGUUACAGCCCUAUAAAGGGGACUGGGAUGCAGGGCACCGGAGGAAGCUGUACCAGGCACUUCACAGCCCCACAGCAAUGGAGAGGGACACUUUCAUCCUGGUCCUCACUCUGGCCGUGGCAGCACACGUUGCCCCUGCGGAGAGGAAGUGCCGGCUCAUCGGGCUGUGGAGGAACGAGCAGGACUCACUGAUGGAGAUUUCAGCACUGAGGGACAACGGGGACUUCCAGGGAAAAUACCUCACACGGGUCACUCUCUCUGGUGGCUGUGCCCACAUCUCUCCCCUGAAGGGCAUUCAGCAGCAGCCUGGUGAGGGGGGCUGGCCCACCUUUGCCUUCACCGUGCGCUGGGACAAGUUCUCUAAUGCCACCACUGCCUUUGCGGGGCAGUGCUUCGUGGAUUCGGGUGGAAAGGAAACACUGACCACCAUGUGGCUGCUGCGUGAAGCUGUCGGGUCCCUCAAGGAGGACUGGAAAGCCACGAGGGUGGGCAGAAAUGUCUUCAUACGAAAACGCACCACAAAAGGAAAGAUCCUGCCCAGCUUGUCCCCAUCCUGUGAGGAUGUGUCUUCACCAACCCCAUGAUGGGAUGACCUGGCUGCAGCCUGGCCCCUCCAACAAGGCAAGCAAAACCUGCCUCUCAGAGGAAAAUAAAACU